GUCAGACCGUGAGGAUAGCCAGAACCUCUCCGUUCAUUCUUAUGGUUCUGGCGGCCGGUCUCCCACCUUUGAUUCCUCCUCUUCUUCUUCAUCCUCUGACUCUGAGCACCCGACUACUUCUCCACAGAAGAAGCCGGUUGAUGCAUCCACUUGCGCUCCCUCUUCUUCCGCGGCGCAAGUGGUCUCGGUUGCCCAGUCCGGGGACGAGGGCUUCAUUCAGCUAGACGAUCGGUUGCUCCAAGAGCAACCGUCGUACAUGCAGAAACCCUAAGUCCACGAACUGCGUAAUCUGAUGCCCGAUGGGUAUCAAUUGACCUACCGGGCAACGUGGAAGAGCAUUAUACCUCUCCACGCAGGCACGUCGAUUGGGAUCCAUUACCAUUCGAUCAAGGACUUGGGUGAGUUCUUUAUUCACCCAUUCAAAGUCCUUUUCCUUGAGACCUACGGGAUCAUGCCCGGGCAGCUGGCCCCUAAUGGUCACCGUUUGUUAGGCAGCUUCAUCAACGUCUGCCGGUUUCUUCGUAUUCCUCUUUCUCUUCGCCUCUUUGAUUAUAUGUUCGAUGUUCGGCCCGGGUCCAAGGAAACCCUUGGAUUCGUGGUGGUGUCUUCCCACCAAGGUCGAGCAUUCCUUUGUGGUCUUCCACCCUCUAACAAGAAGUGGAAGGAAAAAUAUGUCUGUGUCAAAUUCCCCCCGGGUGCCUUUCCUUUUGCCCAAAACGUCUGGGGGAAAAGAAUGAAGCGCCAGGUCAAACCAGCGGAGGCCGAUGACCUGGUUGCUUGGGAAGCCACUCUCCGGGCCGGGGAUGCCUCCACCCGCGGUCUGUACCACGUUGGGAAGUGGAGCGUCUACCCCGGCCGGGAGACCGACCCCGAACCGGAGAUUGUUCUGCCCGGGGUGAUCUACGAAGCCAUCCCCAUCCGUCAGGCGAGGGGAUCCAAAGCCCCAGCCACUACCAAUGCCGGUCCUUCAUGCCCGGCGAAGAAGAAGAAGGAGAAAGUGGUGAAGUUUCAGUCCAAGUUUGCCGUCCCCCAAAUUGUGGUUGAGGAGCCCUCCUCCGCUCAGCCACUCACUCCUCCAUCCAGCCAGCCACUCUUGCUGGAUGAGCAGCCGGCCCAGUCUCACCAAGGGACCAGCCAGCCGAUUCACUCGGGGGAGAUCUACUUCAACGUAGACACCUUCGAGUUUGACAAUCUGAUGGGUGAGACUGGACAUACGUCCCAGGCGGGGGUGGGAGACCGGCCCAAUGAGGAAGGGGAAGCCAAGGAGGAGACUUCGGGGGGGUCCCUUCAACGGAAGAAGCGGAAGACUGGGGAAGUCGGCCGGAUCGGGGAGGAGUACUUCGCCCGGCUGGUGAAGUCGAUGGAUGAGAAGGCCCGGAUGGAGGCCAUGAUGGUCGAAUGCCGGAAGGAAGCCCAGGCUGCCCGGGCCAAGGCAGAGAAGAUAGAGGCCAAAUGGACAGAGCACUGUGCGGUUUACCGCCAGCUCUAUGCCAAGCACGACGGUCUCCUCAAGGCUGCGAAAGAGGCCGAUGAGCAGGCCCAGGCCAAGAUCAAUCAGCUGGAGGCCGAAAAUGCCCGCGUUGCCUGACCGGGAGACUGCCAUCCGCUUCUUCCAAGGCUUGUACAAGUACGAGGUCUCGGUCGGGAUCGUCGACGAAAUCGGAACGUACGGCUUUGAAAGCGCCCAGUACUCGGAGCGGAAGGCCCUCUACGGCAUCCUUCAGCAGAGGAUCCAAAGUUUUCAGCCAAAGGCUCUUUCUCUGCCCAAGC